AUCCUUUUUCCUCCUUAUCUUCUUUUACUGCUUUUCUUUGGUCAACAAUUGGUAACUUUUUUAAAUCUAUCUUCUUUUUCCUUCUUAUUUCUUCACUAUAUAUACCUACCUUAUCUUAGUUUUAGAAUCACUUCUCCCCUUUCUUCUUUUCUUUCCCUAAUGGCGGAUGAGUUGUGGGAUGAGCUUCAGAACUUGGCUUUGGGUCGAGAUGAUCCGAAAGUGUUUAUUCCUGAAGGAGUGUAUGCAGCUGCUGUAGCUAGUAACAGGUUAAGUGUGAUUGCGCGCCCUUUAAAUCCAAGAGCUCAAAACUUAUUCUCUAUGGUCUCUUCUUUACCAAGGACUUGGGGUUUAGAUUCCAGAGUUCAUGGAAGGGUUCUUGAUGGGAAUUAUGUUCAGUUCUUAUUCCAAUCUGAAAGUGAUCUUAUUUCAGUAGAAAGAAGGGCACCGUGGGUUUUUAACAACUGGUUUGUGGCUGCGCAAAGGUGGGAGGACAUUCCGGAUGUUGAUUUUCUUACAUCAACGGAACUUUGGGUGCAUUUUAGAGGUAUACCUUUGCCUUAUGUGUGUGAGGGUACUGUUAGAUUGGUUGCUGAAAGAAUUGGAGAAGUGUUACUGGUGGAUUAUCAAGAAUUUACUACUCCUCAAAUUGCCUAUAUUAGAGUUAGGAUUAGAAUUGGUCUUAAUGCUAGGCUGAGGUUCUUUCAACGAGUAAUGUUUGAUUCCGGGGAGUCUGCUCUUGUCAGAAUUCAAUAUGAGCGACUAAGGAGAAUUUGCAGUAACUAUUUAAGGAUUACUCAUCACAGGACCUACUGCCCUUAUAGAAUUCCCUUGCCAGAUCAAAGAGAUGGUGAUGAUGGAGAUCCUAGAAUAGAGAGGGAACGGUGUGCUUUGAGAGAUGAUCUUCAUAGGUCUGAUCUAAACUCUCAAUCUCAAAAUUCUGAAGCCUCUUUUCCAGCCCCAAUCUCGCCUCCACCAAGAGUUGCUGCUCCGCCUCCUAAUGCUGAUGAACUUGUAGCGGCUAUGCCUUGGCUACAUCGAUCAAGAAGUGAUCAUAUUCUGGAUUAUGAGACACCUAAUCCCCAGUCUGUUUCAAGGAUUCAUCAGUUAUCUACUGGUUCUAACUCUUCUCCGACUAGGGAGUCUGAAUUAACUUCUAAACUUGAAGUUGAGUCAACAAGUGAUGACUUUGGAGAAGCAUCUAAAAUAUAUGAAUUGGGAGAAACAUCUCGGAGGUUUGAACAAGGUGAAUCAUCUCACAGAUUUGAAGGUGGAGAAUCUUCAAAACGCAAACAUGGUGCAGUCAAUGAAUCAGUCAGAAGAGACCCAAAACAAAAGGGUAAAGAGCAUAUGAUAGGAGGGAUUCUGAAACCUCCUAAGAAGCGUUAAAUCUGUCACUCUAUAAAGUUCUGUCAUGUUGUGGUUUUUUUGUUGUUAGUUGCUUAAGUUUUUCAGGUAGCUGCUACGGAAGUUGAUAAAGGGGAUUGGCUCUUAGAAUUUCUUUUUGGAAGAGCUUUUUUGAAUAGCUGGUUAACUGGUUUGUUUAGGUUAACAGGAUGGUAGCAGCUUAGUCUAAUCUAUGUUUCUUUUAAUGCUGUUUCUACAUCGAAUGUAAGUGGAAGUUUCCACUGCAGACACUUUUUGUAACUGGUUCUAUAUAAGACGGAAACUUUUA